AUGGGCUCGUCCUGCGACAAUGUUGAUAUCAAAUUGGGAGACCGCGUGGGCAUAAGGUGGAUUGCCUUCACGUGUGGCAGCUGUGCGCCCUGCAUGGCUGGUGCAGACAAAAUCUGCCAGAAGGGACAAAAGUCCGGAAAUUCUCGUCCUGGUAUAUUCCAGGAAUAUGCUCUUGACCCGGCCCUCUACAUGGCCCCCAUUCCUGACGGACUGUCUAGCGAUAUCGCAGCGCCUUUGUUACGUAGUGGCGUCACCGCCUAUUCUGCUCUGAAAAAAAGCCGAGCUCAAUCAGGAGAUUGA